GGAUCGCACGAGUCAAAGACACACCGGCCUUGUUGCAAGACUGGGUCUGCAUAGACGCAUGAAGGUCGAGUCUGCAGCAAACCUCGGCGCAGCACACCGAUAGGACUCAAAUGCCAAUCCACCGCAACAGCGUGACGACCUCGUCUCCUGCAAGCGCGGCUUCAAAUCGUCGCAGGGUGGUGCACACGGCUGCAACAACACCGAGAAGAGGCAAGCCUGCUUCCCGAUCUUCCAUCGCUUCACCUCUAUCAAUCCAAGACGCUUCGGUUCUUCCUUCUCGCAGCAGUAGCAGCAGCGGCGGUGGUAUAUCCAGAUCGGCCAGCUCUCGUCGACUAUCGAACAUAGGCAAGUCAAGCACCGGCUCAUCAACAUCCACUGAUGACUUGAGAGAUCGCGAAGUCGGCAUUCCGAACUCGCAAUCGAGCUCUCACGGCAUGUCUUCCUAUCACAGUGUUGCGCACGAGCAGUACGCCAGCAGCAAUUCCCGCAUUCCUUCGCCUUCAACAACCCGAGCUAGUACAUCUGUUGUCAGAUCUAGACCUUCGAACGAGUCGGCGCAGAGUCAGACAGGUCGUACUCCGCGUGGCGCUAAUUCUGCGCUGCCGAGCAGGCAUGAGCCUCCCCCUUCUCCCAGAAAUGCCACAAGCGGCACUACAAACGCUUCCAGGUUGAAAGACACCUUGCUGGGGAGCAGAGGCAACAGCGACCGGUCUGUCAGCUACUCGGUAGGUGGUGCACCGAGUGUUGAUGAUGGAACCCUGUCUUCGAGCGCUCGAAGAUCGGUCUCCUCAUCGGUGGGCAUCCCCUCCAGCGCAUCGACUCGAGCAGGACACGGAGGGUUAGCUUCAUCUACGAUGGGUCCACCGGCUGCACGUCCCAGUAAAGUCACGGCUUCAGCCUCUGGUGGCGGCGCUCUAUCGCCUAGCGGCUUUAGGUCGCGCGGCGAUGCGAAUGGCACAGCAUCCACGACCUCUCGCAAACCGAAUUUGCACCUGAACUUCAACGAAUCUCCUCAACCUUCAUCGCGCUUUUCCAUCUUUUCUUCUGUCGAGGGAACCCCUGACGGAUCGAAAGCCUUGAACCUCUCAGAUCGCAAGGGCAGCAUCAGUGGAGCAAGCACUGGUGGACCGCGUCUGACAUCGAGCAGCAGUCCAGCCUCAUCUGGCCCUCCCAGCACUGUUGGCACGCCUGCUUUAGAGCUCGCUCAGAAUCAGACCAUGUCAGGACUCGGCAUUGGGCUGCCCUCGGCACGAAUAAGCAGGUCUGGUGCGGGACCUGCAGCUGCCAGUGCACGCCCACAGCAAACCCCACAGCGAGGCAAAGCAGGAAGUGGUCCGCUUUCCCCUUCGCUACCUUCAGCGAGCUCGACAAGGUCGAUUAGCUAUGACAGGGCUGGCCAGGUCGGCAUUGGAGAAUUGGCUACUCCGCGAUGGAACGUGGGAAGCUCCUCGGCCCAGUGGGCGAGCAAGCCUCGACGGGUAGACGAGAGUAUCUCUUCACCUGCAGCCGAUCGCCAAUUGCGAUCCGGCCAGGCCUCAAUCGUUGGGAGCGGCGCCUCGACUGACUCCUUCGCUCGCCAACAGUCUGGCACAUCGACAUCGAACAAAAGCGGUGCGGCAGGAGGUCGCGCUGCCCCAACCCCCGCCACAGCAAUCUCCGGCUCCAAGACGGAGCGAACCGCACGCGAAGCCGAGGCAAGCCGUCACUCUCGCGCCAUCUCGUAUUCGGCGUCAAAUCCGGUCAAGCGCGAGAAGCAUUUGCUGCGCGUCUCUCCAGAUCCAACUGAGAGUGGCGAGAGCAUGCUCAAAGCCAGUCCAUCAAUGCCAUUGUACGUGCCUCCGCUGGGAGGACAGACAUCGCUGGCGACGCUGGCCCGGGGAUAUCCACCCGGUGAAGACGGCAGUGGAGCAGGUUUGGAUGCGGAGGAUGCCGGGGAGAGCCCAACCUUUUCGAUCAACGCGCUGUCGGAGUCAGAGUCGGAUGCGAUGCACGGCGACGACACCAACGACUUUCUCCUUUCGCCGCGCAACUUUAUGCAGGAUGCUCGGCCUUCACCAAGGAUUGGAGAUCUGGUGUGGUCAGAGGAUGAAAACGGGCCUUUCGGUUGGGGUGGGGCCGGGGAUGACAAUAGCCGCAGUCCUGGCCGUGUCAUGUCCUUGGCGCCCGGUGUGCGUCGCGGUACUGCACUCGAGCGACAUCUGGCUCAGCUGGAUGAUGAGUCUGUCAAUGGCAGCUUCGACCUCAACGCUGCCAUUGCUGAUCUGCUGAAGGAGGACGAGGAGAGGCGAAAGCGCCGUAGCGGUGCAGCAGGGGAUGUCGCCGCAGGCACAGACACCAGUCCCUCGACGUCCAGGCCAACUUCGAUGGAGGCUUCAGCGACUGUGCCAUCGAAGCGGACCUCUCAGACCUCUACUGCACGCUCAACAGUCUCUAGACAGACGCCCGAUGGUGCGACAAAGAGUAGCCGCAGGUCUUCCACACGAGCUGUCUCUUCUCGGCCUUCUACAGCAACCUCUGCACAGCCUUCUAGUGGUGCAGCAAGCAUCACGUCCCGAGAUACCCGCCGAACAAGGGGCCCAUUAUCGCCGCCUCACAGCGGAGGCUCGUCAAGACAACCGACUACGAGUUCAGGCAACGGCGGUGAACGUACGCGUCCUAGCGUUCCAUCGGGCACCAUCGGCAGCAGCGGCAAUGCGAGCCACGCAACGGCCGCGAUGAAGCGUGCUUCUUCGGCUAGCAUCGGACAUUCCCUGCUGCGGGGGUCGAUGCCGUUGGGCGCUGCUGAGGAGUUUGAACUUUCGUUCGACAGUGGACAAGGAGAAGAUUCUGCGGCCGAAGCUCUGCGCAAGCUGGACGGGUUAGGCGGAGGCGGCACGCCAAGAUCGAGUAGAGAUGCAUCGAGGCACCGGGACGCUUCUCGCAGCCCUCGCACCAGUAAGCAGUAUUCGCGACCUGGCAGUGCAGGCCGCAGGACGCCUGGCGGAGCCGCAAGUCGCCCAGCAUCGCCCAGCCGCACGGCAACCGGAACACUGACACCUCGCAACGAUCGUCAAAGGGAAGAGUCGAGAUCUUCCAACACUGCUCGCACAUCGCGCAACCUUGCUGCCAAAUCUCGCUCCGGAGAAGAGCGGGCUUCGCCGAGCGCUGCCAGUGUUGAGAGUCCCAGAUCGGCCGUCUUUCCUAGUCCCCGGACGCGCCGAGCGCAGUUGCCCCCGCUGCCAAAUGUUGACACGACGCUGGAGAAUCGUCGCACUUCCCAGACUUCUGUCGCCUCUCGCGACACAAAGUACUCUGCGUCGGAUCGGAAGCGUAUGAGCGACGCUUCGGUGCACAGCGACCUUCAGCAGCAGUCUCAAGGCGGAGGCGCACGGCAGCAGCCGAGACAGACAGGGCAGGGCGCUGGCAAUGCCCUUCAUCGCGGUGCGGCUGAUGAAGAGGAUCGCUCGCGUAAUGGCGUUUUGGUCCCGCCUGUCCCUCCUCUUCCGAAGGGCUGGGAGUCUCGGUCGCGCGCGGGCAGCACGGGCACAGGCGAUGGUCCUCCGGUGUCCGGCUCCGCCCUCGUCAGCCAGGCGCUUGGUGCUCAUGCGCCUUAUACGUCAAGCGCCGAGGCGGCAUCGCCUGUUCGGAGCCCGAAAGAGAAGGGUCCCUCGCGCAAGUGGAGUUUCUCGAACUUGGCAGGUUCCUUCUCUCGCAGCCCAUCUGUGCUCAAGAAGAGUGCCGAGUCGCAAGCGCAAGCGUCGCCGAUUGUCUCGCGUCGACCAAGUGUGACCGCCAAUACCUUUGUCUCGACGGAUGCCGAGUCAGAAAAGGCGCCUCGCCCUAGCUUUGCAGACUCGCAAAAGACUCCCAACUCUCCUGCGGUGCAGUCGAUCACCUCGGAACGAAGCGGCAAGAGUUCCUCAAACGACGAUGCAGUCGCUCGCCUGCGCGACGGCAAGACGUCUAUGCGCUCGAACAAAGCAGCAGCACGAAAGGCUGGGGAAGGAGCUGGAUCUGAAUCGUCCCUUGUGGAGAAGCGUACGGGAUCUGAUCUCCAACUCGACUCGAGCACACGAGAAUCUCGCGAUGAGAAGCGCAGCGGAGACUCUCAUGCCCCUUCAGCCAAUUCUGGUCGCAUGAGCCGCACGCGCUCCAUCCUUGGCCUGGGAAGUCUGCUCCGGGGCAAGAGCUCGCGGCAGAGCAUUGUGCAGACCAAUGGUACAACGGAUGGGAAGCAUGGCCCCAUCAGCGUGGAUAAUUCGUUCGAGUCCUCGCAAGCUGCGGACGCUUCGCCUCGCACCUCCAAGUUCCGUCCGUCGAACAUCAUGGGAAGUGCUCGCAAACGUGGCAUGACGUUGCCGUCAUCGGCAGACCCUCCAGCUGUCGAGGCAGCCACUCUUCCGCCCAUGCAAGUCGCCCCUCUUCAGUCUCCCGUCUCUUCGACUGCCUCACCCCGCAAAGCAUCCGUCAGUGGCCGCAGUCACGACGCGCUCAUGUCUCCUCGGCGUGCUCUGGCCAAUUCCAAUUCCGCUGGUGACUUGAGCGCAUCAGCAGCUCGUCAGCGCGAUCGCGCCGCGGCGGCUGGUAAAGGCGCCACACUUGGGGCUCAUGAUCCUGCAGCCGGCGCUGGAUCCCGAGAUUCUCAGCUCUCGCCUUCAAGGCCCCUCGCAAGCCGCAUCCCUCGUGCGCUUGCUUCUCUCAAGUCUACGCCUUCCCGAAGUCAGCUCGGAACUGGGCCCCUCGGAUCGAGCACAUCUUCCCAACUCAACAGGCGCGUCAGCACGAGCGGCGCUGCAGGGCUACCCAAGAGCGUCACCACAUCCUCGUUGGCCUCAAGUAUGGGCAUUGGCUCUGAAGAAGAUGCGAUUUCUAUCAUCUCGGCGUCCGAUGUUGGAGAUGCAACUGCUACGAGGAGAAAGUCAAUGUCUGGUGCGAAGAGCUCGGAGACGUAUGGUGCUGCGGGCGGCAAUGCCGCAGCUGGAGCCUCUUCGACGAGCUUGGUCUCAAUCUUGAAUUCGUACGCAGCUGCCAAAACACCUGCCGAAUUGGAAGUCGUCAUGCGUAGAGCACGCGUAGCCUCGUACUCCAGUGCGCUAUCUGCCAGCGAACGCGAAGUUCUCAAUUCGCUUGUUUCCAGACAAGAACAACGUAAGGCUGCUGGAAAUUCUUCCUCUUACGACGGAUCGACGCCGAGUGUUGCGACGCCGCGGGGAUCCUUGAAGCCCGGUGAAGCUCACUCCACUCGCCGAGCUGUGACUCAAUCGACCUCAUCCACCGUCCUGCCGUCUGCUGCCGUCAGUGCUAACAGCGCUCAAAACAACACCGCCCCUCGCAAAGUACGCGCUUCUCUCACUGCCGCCUCCACAAGUGCACGCCAAGCGCGCGACAGUGCUUUGGCCCCGCGCAGUGUGCCUCGACAGUCUGCAGUUGCUACAAGCGCCUCGGCUCCUCGAGCAAGCCCUGCCUACUCGGACCGGACGAGCCGCACUGCCAGUGUCAGCCCGCGUGUCGACGAGGAAGAAUUGCAGGGCGAUGCCGAGAUGGAAGCUUACAUCAAACGACAGCACGCAAAGAAGAUCGCAGAUGGGAGUAGUCUGGAGGAAUUGGAGAAGAUGCUCAGAUUUCCCGAUCCGGUGCCACCGAGCCGAGCUUAUUCUCCAAGGCAGGCGGAAGCGGUGUGGGGCGACAAGCUGUCUGCUUACGAGAUGCAGGAGAUGUACGACUACAAAGAGAUUUACUUUGUGGGCUCAAAUCCGGCCAAGAAGCCUGCCGUGCCCAGCAAGUCGGAUUGCAAUUAUGGAUACGAUGACGAGCGCGGCGACUAUCUGGUCGUCAACCGUGACCACCUGGCUUACCGCUACGAGAUCAUGGACCUGCUCGGUCGAGGCUCGUUUGGCCAGGUACUGCAGUGCAAGGAUCACAAGACCGGCAAGUUUGUCGCCAUCAAGUUGAUUCGAAAUAAGAAGCGAUUCCACCACCAGGCCUUGGUUGAGGUGAAGAUCCUCAAAAAUCUCACCGAAUGGGACCCCGAUGAGCAAUACAACGUCAUCAAGAUGACAGAAUCGUUCUACUUCCGCAACCACCUUUGCAUUGCCAUGGAGCUCUUGAGCAUCAACUUGUACGAAUUGAUCAAGGCAAACAGUUUUGCUGGCUUCAGCACACGGUUGAUCAGGCGUUUCACCAGUCAAGUGCUUGCGUCGCUCAGUCUUAUGCGGCACCACAGAGUUGUGCACUGCGACUUGAAGCCAGAGAAUAUUCUGCUGAGGCAUCCUCGCAAGAGCGGCAUCAAGGUGAUCGACUUCGGUAGCAGCUGCUUCGAACAAGAAAAGGUGUACACGUACAUCCAAAGUCGCUUCUACCGCUCUCCGGAAGUCAUCCUCGGGAUGAACUACAACACGGCCAUCGACAUUUGGAGCUUGGGUUGUAUCAUUGCAGAGUUGUACACCGGCUACCCCCUUUUCCCUGGGGAGAACGAACAGGAACAGCUCGCUUGCAUCAUGGAGAUUCUUGGUGUGCCUGACAAGUACUUGAUCGAGCGCAGCUCUCGCAAAAAGCUCUUCUUCGAUUCUACCGGCGCGCCCCGACCAGUCGUCAACAGCAAAGGCAAACGAAGACGCCCAGGAACCAAGACGCUUGCACAAGUGCUCCGAACGAACGACGAUUCUUUCGUCGACUUUUUGGCGAAAUGCUUGCAUUGGGACCCAGAGCGCCGACUCAAACCGGAUCCCGCGAUGAGACACCCUUUCCUUAGGCCCUUCACUAAUGCUCCAGCUAUUGGACCGAUACCCCAGCACGGCCGCCAAGCUUCAUUGUCCAAUGGAGGGGCGCGAAGGUCCGUCGGCAACGCAACCACCAGUGGGCCUGGCACGACCCGCACGACCAAGCUUUCGAUGACCAGCAGCGCAUCUACCACAGCUGCUCGCGGCGCGACGCUGACUGCGAGCAACAGCAAGCGUACUUCUGCAGGGGGUGACAUGACCACGAGCCCAAUGUACCGGUCUCAGCAACAGACCGUCUCGUAGUGAUGUCGCGCUCCAAACUUCUACAACUUAUGCCUCAUCAAUCGCAAUCACGACCACCUUGAUGACCUUCGCAAUAGCGAGCUUCAAAGACGCAACUCA